AGGGACUCCAGGAGCCCAGAAAGCAUGGGAAAGGGUCUCAGUGCCCGGAACAGGACGCAAGCAGGCCGGGACCCAGGACGUGGCCACUGACCAUGUAGAAACGGCUCUGAACAGCAUGGACCCCGCUGGAUGGAGACGCCUGGGUCUGCAGCCCUGAGCACCCCCAUUCUGCUGCUGCCAGCCCCUCCCACUCGGACCCGGAGCCACCACGGUGAGGACACCCCCGGCCCCCAGGAGCUGCCCAGCAGCCUCUGUCCAGCACAGAGCCUCCAGCCGGCCAGAGCAGUGAGGCCGCCGCCAUGGGAGACUUGACCAACAGCGACUUCUACUCCAAGAACCAGAGGAGCGAGUCCAGUCAUGGCGGGGACUUCGGGUGUUCCCUGGAGGAGUUGCGUUCACUCAUGGAGCUGCGGGGCACUGAGGCCGUGGUCAAGAUCAAGGAGACCUAUGGGGACACAGAGGCCAUCUGCCGGCGCCUCAAGACCUCUCCUGUGGAAGGCUUGCCAGGCACGGCGCCAGACCUGGAGAAGCGAAAGCAGGUGUUUGGCCAGAACUUCAUCCCCCCGAAGAAGCCCAAGACCUUCCUGCAGCUGGUGUGGGAGGCGCUGCAGGACGUGACGCUCAUCAUCCUGGAGAUUGCAGCCAUCAUCUCGCUGGGGCUGUCCUUCUACCACCCACCGGGCGAGAGCAACGAAGGCUGCGCAACAGCCCAGGCCGGUGCGGAAGAUGAGGGCGAGGCAGAAGCCGGCUGGAUCGAGGGUGCGGCCAUCCUGCUGUCCGUCAUCUGUGUGGUGCUGGUCACGGCUUUCAACGACUGGAGCAAGGAGAAGCAGUUCCGGGGCCUGCAGAGCCGCAUCGAGCAGGAGCAGAAGUUCACAGUGGUGCGAGCGGGUCAGGUGGUACAGAUCCCCGUGGCCGAGAUCGUGGUGGGGGACAUCGCCCAGAUCAAAUAUGGUGACCUAUUACCUGCUGAUGGCAUCUUCAUUCAGGGCAAUGACCUCAAGAUUGACGAGAGCUCCCUCACGGGGGAGUCUGACCAGGUGCGCAAGUCAGUGGACAAGGACCCCAUGUUGCUGUCAGGGACUCACGUAAUGGAAGGCUCAGGAAAGAUGGUGGUGACUGCCGUGGGUGUGAACUCCCAGACUGGAAUCAUCUUCACUCUGCUGGGGGCUGGUGGUGAGGAGGAAGAGAAGAAAGACAAGAAAGGUGUCAAGAAGGGGGAUGGCCUUCAGCUACCAGCGGCCGAGGGGGCGGCAGGCAGCGCAGCUGAUAACUCAGACCCCGGCCUGGCCAAUGGUAAGAUGCAGGAUGGCAGUGUGGACGCCAGCCAGAGCAAAGCCAAGCAGCAGGACGGGGCAGCGGCCAUGGAGAUGCAGCCCCUGAAGAGUGCAGAGGGCGGGGACUCGGACGACAAGAAGAAGGCGAGCUUACACAAGAAGGAGAAGUCGGUGCUGCAGGGGAAGCUCACCAAGCUGGCCGUGCAGAUCGGGAAGGCCGGCCUGGUGAUGUCGGCCAUCACCGUCAUCAUCCUGGUCCUCUACUUCACCGUGGACACCUUCGUGGUCAACAAGAAGCCAUGGCUGCCUGAGUGCACGCCCGUGUACGUGCAGUACUUCGUCAAGUUCUUCAUCAUCGGGGUCACCGUGCUGGUGGUGGCAGUGCCCGAGGGGCUGCCCCUGGCCGUCACCAUCUCGCUGGCCUACUCUGUGAAGAAAAUGAUGAAGGACAACAACCUGGUCCGCCACCUGGACGCUUGUGAGACCAUGGGCAACGCCACAGCCAUCUGCUCUGACAAGACGGGCACGCUCACCACCAACCGCAUGACCGUGGUGCAGGCCUAUGUAGGCGACGUCCACUACAAGGAGGUCCCCGAUCCCAGCUCCAUCAACACCAAGACCAUGGAGUUGCUGGUCCAUGCCAUCGCCAUCAACAGCGCCUACACCACCAAGAUCCUGCCCCCUGAGCAGGAAGGCGCGCUGCCGCGGCAGGUGGGCAACAAGACGGAGUGCGGGCUGCUGGGCUUCGUGCUGGACCUGAAGCAGGACUACGAGCCGGUGCGCAGCCAGGUGCCCGAGGAGAAGCUGUACAAAGUCUACACCUUCAACUCCGUGCGCAAGUCCAUGAGCACCGUGGUGCGCACACCCGACGGCGGCUUCCGCAUGUACAGCAAGGGCGCCUCUGAGAUCGUGCUCAAGAAGUGCUGUAAAAUCCUCUCCGGGGAGGGCGAGCCCCGCGCCUUCCGGCCCCGGGACCGGGACGAGAUGGUGAAGAAGGUGAUCGAGCCCAUGGCGAGUGACGGGUUGCGCACCAUCUGUGUGGCCUUCCGGGACUUCCCGGGCAGCCCCGAGCCCGACUGGGACAACGAGAAUGACAUCCUUAACGAGCUCACCUGCAUCUGUGUCGUGGGCAUUGAGGACCCUGUGCGGCCCGAGGUCCCUGAGGCCAUCCGCAAGUGUCAGCGGGCAGGCAUCACGGUGCGCAUGGUGACUGGGGACAACAUCAACACGGCCCGGGCCAUUGCCAUCAAGUGUGGCAUCAUUCACCCGGGCGAGGACUUCCUGUGCCUGGAGGGCAAGGAGUUCAACCGGCGGAUCCGCAACGAGAAGGGAGAGAUCGAACAGGAGCGAAUCGACAAGAUCUGGCCCAAGCUACGGGUGCUGGCGCGCUCCUCCCCCACGGACAAGCACACGCUGGUCAAAGGCAUCAUUGACAGCACUCACACGGAGCAGCGGCAGGUGGUGGCUGUGACGGGGGACGGAACCAAUGACGGUCCUGCGCUCAAGAAGGCAGACGUGGGCUUCGCCAUGGGCAUCGCCGGCACCGAUGUGGCCAAGGAGGCGUCUGACAUCAUCCUGACAGACGACAACUUCAGCAGCAUCGUGAAGGCGGUGAUGUGGGGCCGCAACGUGUACGACAGCAUCUCCAAGUUCCUGCAGUUCCAACUCACCGUCAACGUGGUGGCCGUGAUCGUGGCCUUCACAGGUGCCUGCAUCACGCAGGACUCACCCCUGAAGGCCGUGCAGAUGCUGUGGGUGAACCUGAUCAUGGACACGUUUGCGUCCCUGGCGCUGGCCACGGAGCCACCGACGGAGACGCUGCUGCUGCGGAAGCCAUAUGGCCGAAAUAAGCCGCUCAUCUCUCGCACCAUGAUGAAGAACAUCCUGGGCCACGCCGUCUACCAGCUCACCCUCAUUUUCACGCUGCUCUUUGUGGGGGAGAAGUUGUUCCAGAUCGACAGCGGGCGGAAUGCGCCGCUGCACUCGCCGCCCUCGGAGCACUACACCAUCAUCUUCAACACCUUCGUGAUGAUGCAGCUCUUCAACGAGAUCAACGCCCGCAAGAUCCACGGCGAGCGCAACGUGUUCGACGGCAUCUUCCGCAACCCCAUCUUCUGCACCAUCGUGCUGGGCACCUUCGCCAUCCAGAUCGUCAUCGUGCAGUUUGGGGGGAAGCCCUUCAGCUGCUCCCCGCUGCAGCUGGACCAGUGGAUGUGGUGCGUCUUCAUCGGGCUGGGAGAGCUCGUCUGGGGCCAGGUCAUCGCCACCAUCCCGACCAGCAGGCUCAAGUUCCUCAAGGAGGCGGGGCGGCUGACACAGAAGGAGGAGCUGCCGGAGGAGGACCUGAAUGAGGACGUGGAGGAGAUCGACCAUGCGGAGCGUGAGCUGCGCCGUGGCCAGAUCCUGUGGUUCCGGGGUCUCAACCGCAUCCAGACCCAGAUUGAAGUAGUCAAUACUUUCAAGAGCGGGGCCUCCUAUCAGGGCGCGCUGCGGAGACAGUCCUCCGUGACGAGCCAGACCCAGGACAUUCGUGUGGUGAAGGCGUUCCGCAGCUCUCUCUAUGAAGGCCUUGAAAAGCCAGAGUCUCGAACCUCCAUCCAUAACUUCAUGGCUCACCCCGAGUUCCGGAUCGAAGACUCCCAGCCCCACAUCCCCCUCAUCGACGACACCGACCUGGAAGAAGAUGGGGCGCUCAAGCAGAACCCCAGCCCGCCGUCCUCGCUGAACAAGAACAACAGCGCCAUCGACAGCGGCAUCAACCUGACCACCGACACGAGCAAAUCAGCUACCUCUUCAAGUCUAGGGAGCCCCAUCCACAGCCUGGAGACGUCGCUUUAGCUGAGGACGCCCCCGCCGCCACCACCACCAC